AAGUUCAGCUAUUGGACUUUAAAAUUUUGCAUGUGCUCAUUUUUUUUUCUGCUUAAUUCAAGAUCUGUACCACCAUUGGUUGAUUUGACAUGGAAUCACUGCCAUUGGCAUUAUUGAAUGAUUCUAAUUUCUCCAUGUUAUUUAAUUACAUGAUUUAAAUGGGUGCCUACCGGAUGCAUUCUUGCCUAAUGUAUAAUUCAUUAUUGCUAUUUUUUUAAAAUUUAUUAUUAUUAUUGUUUAUCAUAUGUAUCAUCAUCGUCGUUAUUAUCUUUAUACUGUAUUAUUAUUGUUGCUGCUGCUAAUGUUUUGUCAUUAGGCCUACUAUGUAUUCCAAUACAUGACAUAUCGAAUUCACCGACGAACCUCGCAUAUGAGAAUGAGGACCACAAGUUAUACAGGCUGCUAUACUGUAAUCGAUAAUUAAUUAGCGAUCUUCCAGUCGAGUUAAUAUGUAUAAAUUGAAGCCUACUGGAGCUGAAUAAAGAAGUAAUUGAAUUCACAAUCAAACAAGAUAUUGAUAUGCAAACAACAAGCAGAAUAAUUAUAGCAAAAAAAAUGUAGGCCUUUAGCGAGUUAUCACCAACUUUUACCGAGAUCUCAAAAUUAGCUUGCAGCUGAUAUAGAAGAAGGCUGGUACUGGCACGAUGGUAUUUUCGCAAACGUGUUUUCAAUUGUUAUACUUUAAAUAUCGACACGCGUUCAGUGCAGUAGGCCUACAUUAGAACCAGCUUGUCAGUUCCAUUGUGUUUGCUCCGGGUUUGCUGAGUACACAUUUCUUAUCAAAAAUAAGGAGGCAAUGAUGAACGCAACAAUUGACGAGACGGCAACAUCGGCAAUUGGAGGAUCUCUGAUUCUUGUCUCAACAAUAGCAAUAAUCUGUAAUGUACUAUUUCUAGUUACCAUAUCAACCGCACGCCGAUCUGCGCCCGAAACAUUACUAUUAAUAUUGUCUUUACUCGACCUCACGUUUUGUAUACUAGUCACGCCAAUAUCGAUUGUAGCAUAUUUAAUAGAUUGGAAUAUAGCUGAUACGCAGAGUGCAUGCGACUUCCAAGGGACAAUUUCAUUUGCUAUCAAGUUUAGCUCGACUUUUGUUGUGUGUUGUAUUUGUUUAGAACGUUAUUUUUGCUUUAAACCCAUUCAGACUUCCUUUAAUACAUCGUGGAAUGGAAGAGCAAUCUUAGUUUGCACUAUAUGCGUCUUCUUCAGUCUGUUAGUAGGAGCUGUGCCAUUGAUUGUUGGGAAUAGCAUGAAGCAUUUUGGAGACUCAAUGAGUUACUGCCACUUUAAUAUCACACCUAGUGACUCAGUUUCGACAACAUUCUCUGUCAUUGUAUUAAUAUGUGCCUACAUUAUGUUACAAAUCUCGAUGUUUUGCUUGGUGUCUGUGUUGUGUAACUGGGAAACAUACGCGGUACGCACGAACCCGGACGAGAGACAGGAUGGAAAUACUGUUCAUGCUAGGGGUAAUACGACCACAGCUGGAGAUUCGAACCACAAACGCGGCUUAACAAGAAUGCUUCUGGCUGUGGCUUUUCUUCACUGGUGUUGCCAUCUACCAUUCAUGGUGCUGCUAGCAGUGACACAGAUUCAGGGAAGAGUUUCUCAAACGGCUGAUUUCAUCGUAGUGUAUAUCUUGGCGGUACAACCUACUUUAAACCCCCUAGUAAUCUUUGCUCUGCAUCCCCCUUACUAUCAUAGACUUAAGGGUAAAUUCUGGAGAAAAACAAACGAUGCACCUGCGUUCAAUCAUUCAUCUGAUGAGUCGCGAUACCGUGACGUAUCUCAACAGGACUGCUCUUAUUGGACAAGAGACAGUUACGACACCAUCGACACUAAAGCGACUGGUACUGUGACAGAAUCCUUUUCUCAUUAUGUUCCAUCUUACUCCAGUGAUGACGACCUUGGCUUGAUCCGUCUAGACGGCUUACUGGCGGAAGGUUCAGAAGAGAGGUUCAUAGGCCAACAUCACGUUGAUUAUCACGGAAUGUUUAAUCAUGCUUAUUACGACUCUGAAUCGUUAACAUGUAGCACUUAUUCUGGAAGUGAUGUCAGUGACGACGAAGGAACAGGAGAAUUUGACACAGACUUCUCUGAGUAUUCGUAUACGAGCGACGAAGGACAUCAUGGAAUUCUAUACUUAAAUAGAAGAUCAAGGAAAAUAAUUUUGCCGAGACACGGUUCAGAAGCUUUAGGCCUAUAUAAAACUAGAUCAAGUCAACGCUCUGUUUACGGAACGCAUUUUUCACCACAUAAUUCUACAGAACGGUAUAUAACUCCAAACUGUAUUUCAAUCCAACAAGUUAAUGACGGAAAUGGUAAAGAACCGCGCCCUCAAUUAUCGCUUUGUCAAAGUGACCGGGAACAAGCUCAAAUAAAUGUUAUUAAUGCACAAAACGACGCAUUUAAGAUUGAUAAUAACAGUAAUAUGUACAAUAAGACUAUAGGUCCAACUGGACAAACGAUCUUGGUCGAUGAGGUCAAUAAGGAAAAGACACCCAGAUCACGUCAAAUUAUUGGCAGGCGUGAACUUCGACGGUUAGGAAUCAAGAAAGGAAGAUUGACAGAAACGUUUACACGUGAUAGCAUACCACAAGAAACAUCUUUAUACCAAACCAAAAGUCAAAAAAGCAUUUGUUUAGUGUGUCAAGGCCGGUAUGCUCGACAUGUUCCCCAUUCAAAACACAAUGUACAAAAAAUUAAAGACGCAAUUGUGAAUGAGCCGCCAUCGACAGAAGUGGCAAAAUCCAAAAGCAAAGACCCGCGAUUCAUGAACGUAUUAUUUCAAAAAGCUCUCUAUAAACACAGUGGUGGUAAGGAUUUAAAUCCGAAUCGCAAAGAUAGCAGUGAUGCAUUUAAGACGUUUCCUGAGAAUAUGCAGAAUCGACAAACCGGAUCUGCAGAACAAGUAGAUCAACAUGAGGAUAUUAAUUACCGACAAUACAUCAGACAUAUUGCUAGCCUGAAGCACAAGCCUGUACUAACCAAUGGGAAACAUCCACCAGGAAGCCAGAUGAAUGGUAAACAAAACAAUGUCUCAGGAAGAACACGAAAAAGACCUAAUUUUGCAGAUGCAAUUACCAACUUGAGAAACGGGAACCACAGGAUCGUAGAAGAAAAGCUAGAUGAAGAGUAUAAAGCAGCAACUCUUUCUGAGAUGACGUCAGAAUUUGACAACCAAACUACAGAUUUAGCAAAAGUGAAAGAAACCGAUGUGAACAUCUCUCAUGCAAGACCUACAACUUUCGAACACAUUGAAGGCAUUGAAGACGAAAAGCAUCGUGCAGAAAUUAGCCAUUCUAUGCAAUGUAAUAAAAACCAACUUUUUGUUACAGAGAAUAAAUCAAAUAUAGAGUAUACUCAAUCUAGAUUCGGUCAUAUAGGCUGUAGGGAUAUGGACACCGGAGUUGUAUCGGACCUGACUGGAAUAAAUGUUGGAAGCAAACCAGUAUUAAUAAUAAAGAAGGUUGACGGAAAACUGCACAAUGAGGAUAAAAACCACAGUGACGUAGAACUAACAACUGAAAGUCUUUCGAAUAACGAAUAUGCCUUUCGGUACCCAAUGAACAUUCCUAAAAUUGAAGUCACUGAUCUAUCGGUUAACGACAAUCAUGAACGGUCAGGACAAACUUUUGGAGAUUCUAUUCUUUGCCAGUUGAGAAAUGAUACAAAACUGAGCCCAUUCGAGCCAAAUAACUAAUAAGUUAGGAACACUGUCAACACGGUGAAGUUUUCUCUGACUUGAUUUUUUUGGGGCUUUUUAAAUUUUUUUAAUUUUUAUGGUGAUAAUUCAUGCUUAAAUGACAUGUACAGUACACAACCAUUAAUUAUUUCUCCGAAUUUUCGGAUCGGAAAGCCUACAGAACCAAUCAGGAAAUCGAAUCAGUGUGUAAUAAUAGGAACGCUGGCGUUCAACGCAUCGGAAACACGUCCGAAUUUCGGUUCAGAUUUGAUGUGAAUGCAGAUUAAUAAUUUUACUCGAGAUUUAUCGACAUUAAUAGCAUGUUUGAUCAGUGGCGGACCGUAGGGUAAAUUGCAGGGUAUACUAGGUAUUG